CCCAGCCGCCGUCCAAAUCCCGCGACACAUUUGCGCAGCUAUCCGAAAUCUCGCGGUUCUCCAAGAAGACGUGAGAGGCAUCAGAGUAAUCGAACUAAGCUUAUAUUUACAUUUAUUUAUCAGCUAACAAGAUAUAAAAACCGAGGCGGGAGUUAAUACAGUCUGCCCAGGGCUACAAGAUGUCUGACAGCGACGACAGCGACUUCUCCGACAACCAGAGUGAGCGCAGCAGCGACGGAGAGGCCGAGGAGGUGGAGAAUGAGGAGGAGACCGGCAGUCCCGUUGGCAGCGACAAGGUAGCGGAGGAGGAGGGGGAGGACCUGGAAGAUGAGGAGGAGUAUGAUGAAGAGGAGGAGGAGGACGAUGAUGACCGUCCCAGGAAGAAGCCGAGACAUGGAGGGUUCAUCCUGGACGAAGCCGAUGUGGAUGAUGAGUAUGAGGACGAGGAAGACCAGUGGGAGGAAGGAGCCGAAGAUAUUCUGGAGAAAGUUAACGAGGAGGCUGAAGUGUCCAACAUCGACCACGUGGUUCUGGAUGAAGAUCACUCUGGAUCCAGAAGGCUGCAGAACCUCUGGAGAGACUCCAGAGAGGAGGCGCUGGGUGAAUAUUACAUGAGGAAGUAUGCCAAGUCCUCAGGAGGCGAGCAUUACUCUGGAGGGUCCGAGGAACUUUCUGAUGAAAUCACCCAGCAGCAACUGCUUCCUGGUGUCAAGGAUCCCAAUCUCUGGACGGUCAAGUGCAAGAUUGGAGAGGAGAGGGCGACGGCCAUCGCAUUGAUGAGGAAGUUCAUCGCCUACCAGUUCACCGACACACCUUUGCAGAUCAAGUCCGUGGUCGCCCCGGACCACGUUAAAGGUUACAUCUACGUGGAGUCGUACAAGCAGACGCACGUCAAGUCAGCCAUCGAAGGCAUCGGCAACCUGAGGAUGGGCCUCUGGAACCAGCAGAUGGUUCCCAUCAAAGAGAUGACGGACGUCCUCAAGGUCGUCAAAGAGGUCACCAAUCUGAAGCCCAAGUCCUGGGUCCGGCUGAAGAGAGGCCUGUACAAGGACGACAUCGCUCAGGUGGACUACGUGGAGCCGAGUCAAAACACCAUCUCCCUGAAGAUGAUCCCUCGUAUAGACCUGGACCGUAUCAAGGCCAAGAUGAGCCUGAAAGACUGGUUCGCUAAGAGGAAGAAGUUUAAGAGACCUGCUCAGAGGCUGUUUGAUGCUGAAAAGAUCAGGUCCCUCGGAGGGGAGGUCAGCCAUGACGGAGACUUCAUGAUCUUUGAGGGGAACCGUUACAGCCGUAAAGGAUUCCUGUUUAAGAGCUUUGCCAUGUCCGCUGUGAUCACAGACGGAGUGAAGCCCACUCUGUCAGAGCUGGAGAAGUUCGAAGACCAGCCUGAAGGAAUCGACCUGGAGGUGGUCACCGAGUCAGGUAAGGAGCGUGAACACAACCUGCAGGCCGGCGACAACGUGGAGGUUUGCGAGGGAGAGUUGAUCAACCUGCAGGGGAAAAUUCUCAGUGUGGACGGCAACAAGAUCACCAUCAUGCCCAAACACGAAGACCUGAAGGACCCCCUGGAGUUCCCGGCUCAUGAGUUGAGAAAAUAUUUCCGGAUGGGCGACCACGUGAAGGUGAUCGCCGGGCGAUACGAGGGUGACACGGGCCUCAUCGUCAGAGUGGAAGAGAACUUCGUCAUCCUCUUCUCCGACCUCACCAUGCACGAGUUGAAGGUGUUGCCCAGAGACCUGCAGCUCUGCUCGGAGACGGCGUCUGGCGUCGAUGCGGGAGGGCAGCAUGAGUGGGGCGAGCUGGUCCAGCUGGACCCACAGACCGUCGGAGUCAUCGUCCGACUGGAGAGAGAGACGUUUCAGGUGUUGAACAUGCACGGGAAGGUAAUGACGGUGCGGCACCAGGCGGUGAACCGCAGGAAGGACAACCGCUUCGCUGUGGCUCUGGACUCGGAGCAGAACAAUAUCCACGUCAAGGACAUCGUCAAGGUUAUCGACGGGCCGCACUCUGGCCGUGAAGGGGAGAUCCGUCACCUGUUCCGAGGCUUCGCCUUCCUCCACUGUAAGAAGUUGGUGGAGAACGGAGGCAUGUUCGUCUGCAAGACCCGACACCUGGUGCUGGCUGGUGGAUCCAAGCCCAGAGACGUGACCAACUUCACGGUGGGAGGCUUUGCUCCAAUGAGCCCUCGCAUCAGCAGUCCCAUGCACCACGGCGGAGGAGGUGCUCCGCAGAGAGGAGGAGGAGGAGGAGGAGGCGGAGGAGGAGGAGGUGGAGGAGGAGGAGGAGGAGGAGGAGGAAUGGGGCGCGGCAGAGGACGAAGAGACAAUGAGCUGAUUGGUCAGACGGUCCGCAUCUCUCAGGGUCCUUACAAAGGUUACAUCGGUGUGGUGAAGGACGCAACAGAGUCUACAGCCAGAGUGGAGCUGCACUCCACCUGUCAGACCAUCUCUGUAGACCGACAGCGCUUAACCACCAUGGGAGCUAAGAGACACAGUGGGAUGACCUCCACCCACGGACGGACGCCCAUUUACGGCUCCCAGACUCCCAUGUACGGUACCGGCUCCAGAACGCCCAUGUACGGGUCUCAGACACCGCUGCAUGACGGAAGCCGUACGCCUCACUACGGCUCUCAGACCCCGCUGCAUGAUGGGAGCAGGACGCCGGGUCAGAGCGGAGCCUGGGACCCCAGCAACCCCAACACACCUUCCAGAAAUGAAGAGGAGUACGACUUUGGCUACGACGACGAGCCCUCACCGUCCCCUCAGGGCUACGGGGGGACCCCCAACCCCCAGACGCCGGGUUACCCAGAAGUCCCCUCUCCACAGGUCAACCCUCAGUACAACCCUCAGACACCUGGCACGCCUGCUAUGUAUAACACAGAGCAGUAUUCCCCCUACGCUGCCCCGUCCCCUCAGGGCUCCUACCAGCCCAGCCCCAGUCCUCAGAGCUACCACCAGGUGGCGCCCUCACCAGUCGGCUACCAGAACACGCACUCUCCAGCCAGCUACCAUCCGACACCCUCCCCGAUGGCUUAUCAGGCCAGUCCUAGUCCCAGUCCCGUGGGCUACAGUCCCAUGACGCCCGGAGCGCCCUCUCCCGGAGGUUACAACCCUCACACCCCGGGCUCCAACAUCGAGCAGGGCAGCAGCGACUGGGUGACCACCGACAUCCUGGUCCGGGUGAAGGACUCCUUCAUGGACCUGAUGGGACAGACCGGGGUCAUCAGGAGUGUCACGGGAGGGAUGUGCUCGGUGUUCAUGCAGGAGUCGGAGAAGGUGGUCAGCAUCAGCAGCGAUCACCUGGAGCCCAUCACUCCCACCAAGAACAACAAGGUGAAGGUGAUUCUGGGAGAAGACCGCGAGGCGACGGGGAUCCUGCUGAGUAUCGACGGAGACGACGGCAUUGUCCGCAUGGAGUUGGACGACCAGCUGAAGAUCCUCAACCUGAGGUUCCUGGGACGCCUCGAGCACUGAGACGGGCCGGCCGCGGGAGAAGAAUGUGUGCUCGGAAACUCAAACACAGCACGGGGACGCGUCGCGGGGCGGGGGUACAGAAAUACACACCGAAGACUGAAAUGAGAAGAUUGUUGGCUGUGUUGUCACGCACUCAAACGUAGGCAGACAUGUUGGGAAUUUCAUUUUUAUUACUUUAAGCUGUAAAACCACCCACGCACACAGAAGAUUAGAUCCCACAUCCGCAGAUUGCAUUUCAGGCGUAGGAGGAAUCAUGUUUUGAUGUUACACCGCAGUCCGACCAACAAACAUUCCUCACCUUCUCGCUGGAAAUGAGUUUCUCUGCCGAGCAUUUUUCCAAAACCAUUAAUUAGUCCAGCAGUUGUCUCUCUUCUCUGGUCGUUUUAUUUUUUUAAUUUUUUCGUUAGCUUUACUGCAUUCUUAGUAGUGGUCUGACUCUGUUUUUAGUGCUUUCUGAAUGUUCUGUCAGUACUUUUGGUUUUCUGGGUGGAGAAGGGUUAAUAAACUGUGAACCAGUUGAUCUGUUUCGUGUUAUCGUGGAUUUUUAGCCACGCGGCUCUGCACGGCGGUCCAGAGUGAAAUCUCUCGACAACUGUCGGGUGGCUUGGUGAGAUAGUGUAACAACAUGUGAACGCUCCUGUGCGCUGCGGGAUUUUGGGCUUUCCCAGACAAAAGUUGGCAGUCAUGAGAGAAACUUGAUGAAAUGUUUGCUUUUCAUAUCAAAAAGGUGGUCUCCACUGAUAAUUCAGAGUUUAGAGACCAAAAACAUCAUCACAUUGUGACUGCUGCUGUGAUCCACGCCCAAUUUGUAGGCCCAACGCGCCAACACGAUAUUUCAUAUUUCAAGAGGCCUGCGUUAGCGGUUAGCGGUUAGCUGUGUGCGAGUUUGCAGAGGUUUACUGCUAAAACACACAUUGACCUGACAACUGACGCUGACAUGGCUUCACACUCUCCUCCUCUUCCUCUUUUACAGAUUGCAGAGGGCCUUACAUUAAGUCAGUUGAAUGCGUUGUUAUAAAUAAGUCAUUUAUUCAACACACAUUUUUUUAAAACUUAAAAAUCAACUAUAGCAGAGUCUUACAAAGAAUCUGACAGUGUGCAGUCUUGGAAGGCUGUUUUCAACAACAACAACAACAAAAUAAAUUAAAUAAUAUCAAAGUUUUUGCACUCUACAAAAAACUCGUAUUCAAGUCCUGAUUGGCUGCUGUGCCAGAUCCACCAAGAGAGCCAAACUGCUGGCUUUUACCUUUCCUCCUUGGCGUUAUCCCUAAAUGUCCUAAAGGACGGUCCCGUCUGGAUGCUAACCCUGGGUUUGCAGAAACUCACGCGAGACUUAGCUUUAGGACAGUGAAGACCCAACACGUACAAAUCUUGCGAGAGUUUCACAUAUCCAGGGUUUCCAUCUAGACCGUUACUGACUGUUUGGCUAGCUAGCUAAGGUUGCUAGGUAAUGUUAGCUUGUGAUAGUUGAAGCAAGUGUUGAACGUCACUCUGCGCACAAUGAGGGUGAAGAACACUGAUCUCAGACCUGCUGUUUUUCCAAUAGUGCGUUCACGCUUUCACCAACAGAUGUCGCUGGUGACGUUUCCAACUAUUAGAUCUGUCACUGUGCUUUAAAAAAUAACUUAAAACUACAUUU